AUGAUUAAUUAACUUUCUUAAGGUCCUCUAAGAGGAUAACUCUUUCGAUAGGCAAAUCUAACAUAAAUAGGAAUAAAAAUUAUUGAUUAAAAGAGCGAAUCGAUUUAUGUAGACUCUGAGGUUUCUUUAAAAAAGCGUAAAAGCAAAAGCCCUUUAGAAGUUACUCGCGGAUUGCAAAAAUCGUAAACUUACAAAGAAAUUUGUCCACAGGACUCGUUUAAAGAAUCUGAAAAGGUUGAUUCCCCAUUAGAUUAAUCUUUAAAUAAACCUUUAAAAAUUAGUUAUAAAGUUUCUGGAACGCUUUUUAGAUUUAAUGCUCAAGGAUUGAUGAGAAUCUUUAUACAAAAAAUGCUGUAUUAUUUGAAAGUUCAAAAAGAGCGAUAAAGCAAAAUGAAAUGCUUUGAAAAGAUUGUAGAAGAUAAAGGAAGCAAUACAUAAAUUGAAGAAUAAGAAAUUAAGAAAUCUAAUAUUUGGAAUUUGUUUAGAGAAGAUUCCUAUGAAAGAAUGCUUCUAAAUUUAAUAAUUAUAUUCAUUCUUUUAGCAUACAGUGUCUUAGUGCCAAUCUAUAAUAAGAGUAUUGAACCUGUUUUGAUAUUUAGUAAGAGAUUUUAUUAAAAUUAGUAUUUAUUUACUCAUUCUUCAAAGUAAUCGAUUUCAAGGUUUUCAAUUUUGUAGACAUUUUAAUUUUUGGAAUAAAUAUAGGUGGAUUAUUUGAUAAAGAAUUACUUUUUCUGAACAUUAUAAAUGUGAUAAAAGUUUAUCAGAUUUUGCAAAAUUUAAAUGUAUUGACAUCAAAAAAAAUUAUAAGAUUCAUAUAUUCAAUAUUGAUAGUGAUGAUUCAUUUAAACAAUAGUGUACAUUUUUGGUAAUACUAAUUAGAUAAUGAAUAGGAAUUCGAAAUUUUGUUAGGAUAACAGAUUUAGUUGUUUUUUAAUUUAUAAACAAUUAGACAAGAUGAUUAAAAAAUAUUUUAUGAUUCUCUAAAUAGAAUAUUAAGUUUUUUGAUUUUGUUAUACUUUGUUUAGUAAUUUUUUACAUACAUGAAAAUUUCAAAAGUAUAAGUAAAGAGAGAAGAGAUUUUUGAAUAAUUAUUAAGCAAAAAUACAAUGAAUAAACAGCCUUUUAGAAAUUAAUAUUAAGUUAGGUAAUUAUUAUGGUCAGAAGUGGAAGGUUAGAAAUAAUAAGAAACUUACUUAAAUUAGAUAGAUUUUAAUUUACCAAAAGAAUUGAGAAAAUCUCUUAAUUUACAUAGUUAUUUGGAUAUUAUUUAAAAGUCUCAAUUUAUUAAGCAAUAAUUCACGGAAUAAUUUCAGUAGAAUUUAUCUGAGUUUGUAAAGGAAUAAACAAUAGAAGAAGGAGAGAUCAUACAAUAACAAAAUUAGAGAGUUAAUAAAUUAAUUUUUUUAUUGGAAGGAGAGCUCUCAUUAUAAAUUAAAUAAAAAAAAGUGUAAGUAUUGAAAAAAUUAACUUUGGUAAAUUAAUAUGAAUUUUUUGCUUGUUUGUCUUCUCCUUGUGAAAUAGCAGCUCGAUCAAGGUGUAAGAUAAUUAUAAUAGACUAUGAAUAAUUUUAUGAUUUGAUAUGUAUGCAUGAGCAAGAUUUUCAAAUAUAUAAAAUGUGGUAAGACAAAGUUAUAUAUUCACAAAGACGUUGCGCAUACAAAGUAAAACAUUAUAAAUAAUUAGAUAUGUUAUAUAUGUAUGAAUAAUCAUUUAACUUAAAUGUGCGCUGGUGUAUCAUAUCAACCAAAUUAUAUGAAAAUAAUUUCAAAUAGUACUUAUACAUAACCAAGUCCAAGAAUAAAAUUUAGAAGAUUUGAAAGAAAAAGAACUUCAUCAUUAGUUUAACAAAAUCUGAUAAGUAUAACUGCUUUGAAUUGGGCAUAAAAUUUUAAUCUGAUAUCUAAAAAUACAGAUUUAAUUGAUUAGUUUUUGGGUAAAUAAGAAAGAGAUGAAGAAUUUCAAUUAUUCGCAGAAGAUGAUCAUACAUCAAAACAUCUUACAUAAACAUUUACUCAUUAAUAAAGUAUAAGAUCUCCAAGAACAAAUAAAACAGGAAUCACUGGAAGAGAGAGAGAAAGAGUUCAUACAGAUUCUAAUAUAAAUAGAACUUUAACAAUAAGGACUUUAAAAGCAUCUGAAAAUGAUACUUCUAAAUUAAAAUAGAAUAAUAAUAAUGACUCUAUAGUAAUAAGUAAUUCACCUUCACCAAUAUAAUAAUAAAAUAAAACAGCUUUAAUGUUAUUCACAAAAGAAUAAAUUAGACGUUAAUCUAAUAUAAGUAGUAGUUUUACAAUAGAAAGAGCUUUAGAUAAAAAAUCAUCAUUACAUUCUUAACAGCAGCUUCCUCCAUCAACAAGUAUAUUAUAAAGCAAGGAGGUUAUUUAACAAUUGUAGAGUAAUAUUUAAAGUCCUAAUAUGUACAAUACAUCAAUAAAGAUGAAUCAAAAUGAUGUUAGUCUUAAUUUAAGAAGAUCUGAAUCACAACCAAUUGUAUGGCAAUCAUUUAAUUAGGUAGUUUUCUGAAUUGAUUGGGUCUGCAUAAUAAUUAAUUUUGAUAAAAGAAUUCGAGAGCAUGUAGAUUUUUGAAUGGUACUUUCCAAAUUAUAAUUUUCUUAAAGUAAUUGAAAGAUUUCAAAAUUAUCUAAGUAAACAAUUCAAUAAUAGAUGA